AUCACCAGCCAUGGCUGCCCCCAACCCCUCCACACUGUUGCCGCUCGAGUUAGUGGACAAAUGUAUUGGUUCUCGUAUCCACAUUAUAAUGAAGAGUGACAAAGAAAUAGUUGGAACACUUCUCGGUUUUGACGACUUUGUAAACAUGGUUCUUGAGGAUGUGACAGAGUAUGAGUCUACACCAGAGGGAAGAAGAAUCACACAAUUAGAUCAAAUUCUUCUCAAUGGAAAUCAUAUAACAAUGCUUGUCCCAGGUGGUGCAGAAUUAGUAGACUAACUUUGGAAAUAACAUACAGGACAGUGCUGGUUUUAUAACAUACCAGUAUUCUGUUAUAAAUCAUACUGCAUCUCUGAAGGUAAUGUAGAAGCCUUUCCAAGACAUCCAAAAUCUUAGUUGUAAAAAAAGUUACAAAAGAGGGUGUAAAAUGUUUCUUUGAAAAAUACUGUUUUACAUUUAUCUCAGCAAAUACAUUUUUCAGUUUUGACAAUUCAAGAAAUGUUUAUAAGUAUCAGUUUAUUUUACUAUUAAGUAGAUCAGAAGAAAUAAUUCUGACCAGAAACCAAUGUCAAUAGAAAGAAAAUUAAGUUACAGAUGAUAAAAAGAAAAACAAGUCCUAUACAGUACAUGCAUUUUUUAUUUAAGUUCGUUUCAUCAAAAUGUUGUGAAAUAUUUGGAAAAAACAAGAUUCAUUUCUUUUAAGUUAUAUUUAUUUAUGAAUGACAUUUGUACAUGUAUACAGUAAUAUUACUGAAUUGUAUAGUAUUACAGAAAGGGCAGGGCACAUCUUGAAUGAGAUGAUUAUUGUUGUGGAAUUUGUGUUAUCUUGGAGGUGUAACCUCGUGUUUAUUGGUGGAGUUAAAAUGUAAUACUUUUUUAUACAAUAAAUUUUCUUACAAGAA